GCCGACGCGCACGCCAGGGAGCUCGGGGCGCUGGAGGAGGCCAGGCGGUCCGCCGAGCGCGAGAGGGGCCAGCAGCUCCAGCAGCUGCUUGAGGAGCGGGACGCGAUGGCCCGGGAGCACGCGAGCGCCCUGGGCGCAGCGCAGAGGCGGGUCGCGGAGCUGGAGGAACGCGCCCAGGCCGCUGCCACGAGCACGGAGAUGACUCAGAAGUCGAGGCAGGUGGCGGAGCUGAUGGGGGAGCUGGCCGGCCAGACCGCCCG